AUGUCUGUGAUCAUGUCGUCUCUCAUGGGCCUGCUGAAUAGGCUCCUUCCUUUUGCCACACCUGGAACUCCAGUCUAUCAAGACGUGGUUCAUCUCGGCCUUCUGGCGGUACUUCUGUACUAUGCGCCACAAAUCCAACAACACCUCGAGCAACGAAGACAAGGCGCCACAGAACAAGAAGGACGGCAGAUUCACGAUGAGCCCGCAAUUCCGGAAAACGGGGCAUUUCACCAGCCCGGUGUGGACGAUGUCAUAGAACCUGAGGACGACCAUGUCCGACAGUUCCCAGGUGGCAAUGAAGGCGCCCACGAUGAAAACAACAAUGACCAAAUGCCUCCCUUGCGAGAUCAUGCACCUGUCGAUCCACCAGUCGAAGCAGGCCCCGCGAAUCCCGCGGCAGCUCGUGUGCCUCCACAGCAUCGCAAUAUAGGCGCCAAGAAAGCCAAAUCUCUGGCCAAAAAGGACCAACGACGCGCAUAUCACGAAUUCCAACGCUCUCAGGGAGAUGUUCAACGUGCGCGUGAUGCCGAAGGUGCUGCUGAGAGGGAAGCUGCACAGGCUGCGGAACAGGCCCGACGCAAAGCGAACGAGGCUAAAUUGGAGGAGAAGAAAGCAAAGGAACGUGAGAAGCGGAGAGAGCAGGAACGCAGGCAGCGAGAGGAAGAAAUUCAGAGGAGAGAAAGGGCUGUUAGGAUCGUGAGAGAGGAGCUGGGGGAAAGUAGAAUGUGCAAUCUGUUUGAUGUGGCGAGAGACGUGGGUGGCGAUCAUGAUGAUGUUUCACUUGAAAAAGUGUUGAACGCGGCGGGAGUACUGGGAAAAGGCGUUGAUGGUGCACUCACGAUGGUCACUAGCACGGGCUGGAUUGUGAGAGUGAGUGAGGAUGACAUGAGACGCGCUUAUGCCACGACGGCGUCGACAUUCGAGGGAGAUAUCAGCUAUGAGCAGCUGGGAAAAGUACUGCAACAGGUGUUGAAAGAGAAAGAUUGAUUGGGUCCGCUGAACUAAGUCUAAUGAGGGGCCUACCAUCCACCAUAUCCAUGGAUCACACCUACAAUACUUACCGCCUGUAGGACUCGAUGAUCUGGCUCUCCGCAGUUCCACGAUAGUCCCAAUCAUCCUCAUCCUCCUCCUCAUAGCAGUCGAAGUCUUGCUCUCGGGAGUAGAUCGAUGAAGGCGUCAGAACACGCCUCGCAUGCUGUGACUGACGAGACAGUCGGAGGCCUUCAUGGGGAGCACAGAAAGGCAUUUCAGCUUGUCGAAACGGCUCCCCGUCUUCCAUCCGCGAGUAGAUCGAAGACGCCUGUGGAGGAGUAUGCCGUGGUGUCUGCAGGACGCGUGCAUCCGGCGUCUCAACAACAGAUUCAUCCCAGCAUGAUGGACCAGCAUCACGCGCGAUACAAUCCAUGUACGUAUCAGCAGCAGCAGUAGCAGCAGACUGCGGCGGCGUAGCAACACACGCUUCUCGUUCUCCUCUGGCACGAUCCACAUCCCCCGCAGCUUCAAUAUACCGAUCAAUAUAAUC